AUGGCCUCCUCUACCCAGAACCAAACCCAACCUGGACAGAAGGAUCACUGGUCCUCCGAGGCCUACUCAACAUCCGCCUCGUUCGUCCCAAAGCUCACGCAAACCCUCCUCCAAUACCUUGACCCGCAGCCAACCGACAAAGUCCUGGAUAUCGGAUGCGGCGAUGGCAAGUUCACGGACUUGUUCCUGCCUCAUAUCUCGAAGGUCCUGGGCGUCGACUCCUCGCCGGCGAUGAUCGACGCCGCGAACAGGGACUACGCCGGUGACAAGGCCGCAUUCAAGGUUUUGGACUGUCGGUAUCUGGAGACAGACGAUGAAGUCGUGAAUGGAAAUUGGGAUAAAGUUGUAUCCAACGCAGCCCUGCACUGGAUCCUCCGCGACGAGAGCACGCGCCUCUCAACCCUAAAAGGCAUCCACGCAUCCCUGAAACAAGGCGGCUCCUUCGUCUUCGAGAUGGGCGGGCACGGCAACGUCGCCGAGAUCCAAGGGGCAAUGCAGUACGCGCUCCUGCGGCAUGGGAUUCCAAUCGAGAGAGUCCGCGAGGCGUAUCCGUGGUUCUUUCCCUCGGUCCCCUGGAUGACGAGUACGCUUGAGAGGAUCGGGUUCAGGGUGGACAAGAUGGAGAUUGAGUAUCGGCCGACGAAGCUGACGAGUGAUGCUAAUGGGGGAUUGGCGGGGUGGGUGAGGCUGAUGGGGGUGGCGUUUUUGGAUGUUGUGGAGCCCGGCAUGAGGGAGGAUGUUGUGAGGGAGGUUUGCGAGGUGCUUGAGAAGACUGUUACCCGUGAGGAGGAUGGGAGUCAGUGGUUGGGGUAUGUGAGGCUGAGGGGUGUUGCUGUGAAGGUGUAA